AUGCUGAAGCUGAAGGACAUGAGAGCCAAGCAUCUAGGCGAGAUGAGAGAGUUGAGUCAUGGAUGGACCAGUUCUAUCUGGCAUGAGUGGUACGAGAUCCUAGGGCUGUCGGAGAUUCACAGGAAAUCGAUCUUGAUGUAUCUGGAUGCGCUUGGACAACAUGUAACCAUGAAGCCCACGAGACCCGCAGACCGAGGCUACCCAUUGCCAAGCCGUCUCUCACAGCUAUAUGAAGAACGACGUGGGUAG